AUGGGCUUCUCGGCCGCGGCCCGGCUGUGGGGCCCGCCGGGGCUGCUCCUGACCUUCGCCCUGCACCCGGCUCUGUGCCUGCGCGCGGCCCAGACCUCGGCGCCCCCUCACCGGGACUACUGCGUCCUGGGCGCCGGGCCCGCGGGCCUGCAGAUGGCCUACUUCCUGCAGCGGGCCGGGAGGGACUACGCGGUGUUCGAGCGCGCCCCGCGGCCCGGCAGCUUCUUCACGCACUACCCGCGCCACCGCAAGCUCAUCAGCAUCAACAAGCGGCACACGGGCAAGGCCAACGCCGAGUUCAACCUGCGCCACGACUGGAACUCUCUGCUCAGCCACGACCCCGGGCUGCUCUUCAGACACUACUCCCGCGCCUACUUCCCCGACGCGGGCGACAUGGUGCGCUACCUGGGCGACUUCGCAGACCGGCUGGGGCUCCACGUGCUGUACAACACGACCAUUGCCCACGUCACUCUGCACAAGGACCGGCAGGCCUGGAACGGCCAUUACUUCAUCCUGACGGACCGGAAGGGUCACGCACACCGGUGCGGCGUGCUUUUUGUGGCCACCGGUUUGUCGGUCCCCAACCAGGUUGAUUUCCCUGGCUCCGAAUACGUGGAGGGGUAUGAGUCUGUGUCCGUGGACCCCAAGGACUUCGAGGGUCAGAAUGUGCUGAUCCUGGGGCGUGGGAACUCUGCCUUUGAGACAGCAGAGAACAUCUUGGGUGUCACCAACUUUAUCCACAUGUUGAGCCGCUCCCGGGUCCGACUGUCAUGGGCCACCCACUACGUAGGAGAUCUCAGGGCCAUCAACAAUGGCCUGCUGGACACCUACCAGCUGAAGUCCUUGGAUGGGUUGCUUGAGUCUGACCUGACGGAUCUGGCUGUUGUGAAGGACCGCGAGGGCAAGUUCCACGUCACCCUGAAGUUCUUCCUGGAGGAAGGCAACCAGAGUGCCGACGCCAUCACCCUCCCCCAGGACGACAACGACAACUUUGCCAUGCGCGUGGCCUACGACCGGGUCAUCCGCUGUCUGGGCUGGAACUUCGACUUCUCCAUUUUCAACGAGUCCCUCCGACUGUCUUCCGGGGGUGAGUUCAGCAAGAAGUACCCGCUGGUCAAAGCUAGCUAUGAGUCCAAAGGAAGCCGGGGCCUCUUUGUGCUGGGUACCGCCAGCCACUCUGUGGAUUACCGGAAGUCUGCCGGGGGCUUCAUCCAUGGAUUCCGAUACACAGUGCGUGCUGUUCACCGCCUGCUGGAGCAUCGCCACCACGACGUCGCCUGGCCCUCCACCCAGCACCCCAUCUCACAGCUGACCAGCUCCAUCGUCCGGCGCGUGAACGAGGCUUCUGGGCUCUACCAGAUGUUCGGUGUGCUGGCCGACGUGGUCCUGUUGAAGGAGAACGCCGCGGCAUUUGAGUACCUGGAGGAGUUCCCCAUGCAGAUGCUGGCCCAGCUGGAGACCAUCACAGGAAGGAAGGCCAGGCAUGGGCUCUUCGUCAUCAACAUGGAGUACGGCAGAAACUUCUCUGGCCCCGACAAGGACGUGUUCUUUUAUGACCGGUCUGUGGGGCACACGGAAGAUGCCUGGCAGUCUAACUUCCUCCAUCCGGUCAUCUAUUACUACAGGCACCUCCCCACCGAGCAGGAGGUGAGGUUCCGCCCUGCUGACUGGGCCCUGCCUCGGCCCACUGCCAUCCACCACAUCGUGGAAGAUUUCUUGACGGACUGGACCGCCCCGGUGGGGCACAUCCUACCUCUGAGGCGCUUCUUGGAGAACUGUUUGGACACCGAUUUGCGAAGCUUCUAUGCAGAAUCCUGCUUCCUGUUUGCCCUAACACACCAGAAGCUGCCGCCCUUCUGCCAGCAGGGGUACCUGAGAAUGCAGGGGCUCGUGGGGACUGAGACCCUCCGGCGGCACGGAGUGGAGAGCGGGCUCCUCCGGGACUACACCAUUGUGGGCAGGCGCCGUGAGGACCAGGGCCAGGGGCCACUAAGUAGCUCUCGGGCCCCAGGGCCUCCGGUCCAGCCCCUCGACAGCAACAAGGAGGAGCUGUGACCGCCAGGCGGCUCCCA